AUGUCGAACGCGGAGGAGUUGGCGCAGCAUAUUGAAAGUGGCAGUACCGACCUGGACAAACAUGUGAAAACCGGCAGCGGUUCUGGCAAAAAUAGGUCAAAGAUUGAGCAAGUAGAACACAAGAAAAUUCGGCCAGAGGGUGACACUCGACGCAUUGUUGAAAAUAUAUUGCACGGAAAGCAGAAGCGCUGCGACGAGGAAAAGAAACGCUUAGAAAAGAAAGAAUCCGGAUAG